GACCUAUUGGUAAGUUUAGUGACGUAGUGAGGCUGUGAAACGUGUUGUGAUUGUUAUGUGUUUGUGCGCGUGAACCGCCAUGGAUGGCGAGAAUCGGAUAAUUUUGAACGUUGGUGGCAUCAGAUACGAGACCUACAAAGCGACAUUGAAAAAGAUCCCAGCCACGCGUUUGUCGCGGCUGACGGAGGCGCUAGCCAACUACGACCCCGUGCUGAACGAGUACUUCUUCGACCGGCAUCCUGGCGUGUUCGCGCAGGUGCUCAACUACUACAGGACUGGAAAGCUCCACUACCCCACAAAUGUGUGCGGGCCGCUGUUUGAAGAGGAGCUGGAGUUCUGGGGGCUGGACUCCAACCAGGUGGAGCCCUGCUGCUGGUCCACCUACAGCAUACACAGAGAUACACAGAACACCCUGGCGAUCCUCGACAAGUUGGACAUUGACAGCGAAAAGCCUUCAGAAGAGGAAAUCGCUCGACUCUUCGGUUACGAAGAGGCCUACUUCGCUGGGGAGCUCGGCGCCUGGCAGAGGCUCAAGCCGAGGGUCUGGGCUCUGUUUGAUGAGCCUUCUAGCUCACCGCCCGCUAAGGUGAUAUCCGCCCUAUCAGUCUUCUUCAUCUGCGUGUCAGUCCUCUGCUUCUGCCUCAAGACCCACCCCGACCUGCGAGUGGCGUUGGUCUUGCCAGUGGAUAACCGCUCUUUGGAGACGGCGAUGGUGGAGAGUCAGCCUUGGCUGAAUCACGGGCAGCCGCAUGUUGCUUUCUUCUAUAUAGAGCUGGUGUGCAACGUGUGGUUCACCGUCGAGCUCCUGGUUCGAUCUGUGGUAGCCCCAAACAUAAUAGAGUUCAUCAAAUCCCCAGUGAACCUGGUGGACUUCCUCGCCACGCUGAGCUUCUACAUGGACGUGGUAGUGGAACUAGCAGUCAUUAGGAAAAACGUGGACCGAGCGGAUAUAUUGGAGUUCAUAUCUAUUAUUAAAAUUCUUAGGCUCUUCAAGUUAACCAGACACAGCCCCGGGCUCAAGAUUCUGGUGCACACCUUCAAAGCGUCAGCCAAGGAGCUGACCCUUCUGGUGUUCUUCCUCGUGCUGGGCAUCGUCAUCUUCGCCAGUCUCGUCUACUAUGCGGAGAAGUCUCAGGACAACCCCGAGAACCAGUUCAAAUCCAUCCCCCUCGGCCUUUGGUGGGCCAUCGUUACCAUGACGACGGUGGGCUACGGGGACAUGGCCCCGAAGACCUACCUCGGCAUGUUCGUCGGCGCGCUGUGCGCGUUGGCCGGAGUGCUGACUAUCGCGCUGCCCGUACCUGUGAUAGUCUCGAAUUUCUCCAUGUUCUACUCGCAUACGCAGGCGCGGUCAAAACUUCCCAAGAAGCGGCGUCGAGUGCUACCUGUGGAGCAGCCGAGAAGGAAACGCGACGUGACGGCGUCGAACCGGCGGGUGAACGCGGUGAAACACCCCGUCGUGUUGAAGGACUUAUCUCCCGGUGGGAACAAAUUUGGAGUGAAUGGGAUGAACAUGAUCAGCCUCGCGCUGCAGGGCCCUCCGAACAUCCUGACGCGACCAUCGACAGCGUCAGCGCAGCCGCUGCAGGCACGGGCUCCUAUUGUCGAGAGCCCAAUCGUGAACACUCAAGCCGGCGCCAUAUCCCUUGCAUCACUGCAACCACCCCUGAUGACGGCCCCACCCCUGCAACCGCGACCCGCAACCACAGGAGCCCUAGACCUCAUGCUACCAUUGCAACCAAAACUACUACCAGGCUACAACCUGCAAUCUUCAUUUCUCACCAGCACCAUGUCCACUGUUCGACCACCCGACAGAGAAACAAAAGAAUCCCCAGACAGUUCCUCUAAAGAUGAUUGUAUAAACUUAGAUAGUACACAGGAUAGCGUUAAAGUAGAUUGUGAAAAUUAUACUCUAGAUAAUGAUGUUAGUGAUGUUACUGACAAUUCUAGCAAAGAUGAAAUUAACUCAAACGUAAUUGAUGCCAAAACGAUUGAAACUAGUGUAGUGAGCAGUUCAAAUGAUGAUAGUCCUAACAACAAUUCUUAUUAAUACGAUUCUUGUUUAUAGAUCGAUGGUAAAUGUAAUAAAAUUAAAACCCCAAAUUUUUAAAGUCUCCCAUUAGAAAUAAUGUAGGUUUUUCAAAUUAAUUCACUUAUUAAAGUUGUAAAGUUAAAGUUUGAAAUCUUGAAUGUGUCUCGACCAAACCCCUGUGGCUAUAUGUUGGUUGACUUAUAGUUUGUGUUA